AUGCCAAAAAUAUCCAUGGUAGGAAGCGGACAGAUUGGAGCCAUCGUGGGCCAACUGAUCUUGAUGGAAAACAUUGGAGACAUUGUUCUUUACGACGUAGUGGAUGGUGUUCCCCAAGGGAAGAGUCUGGAUUUGAAACACUUCAGUACCAUCGUAGGGGUGAACAGAAAAAUACUGGGUACCAAUAACAUAGAGGACAUCAAAGAUUCCGAUGUCCUUGUGAUAACGGCAGGUAUCCAGAGGAAAGAAGGGAUGACCAGAGAAGAUUUAAUCGGAAUCAAUGGAAAAAUUAUGAAGAGUGUCGCUGAGUCAGUGAAGUUACACAGCCCAAAUGCCUUCGUCAUAUGUGUUAGUAAUCCCCUUGAUAUUAUGGUAAAUGUUUUUCAAAAAUAUAGUGGACUUCCGCAUGAACAGAUUUGCGGGAUGGCUGGCAUUUUGGACACCUCUCGUUUUAGGUCUCUCUUGGCAGAAAAGCUAAACGUGGCUCCGGAGAAUGUCAGUCAGGUGCUGUUGGGAGGACAUGGAGAUCUGAUGAUCCCUUUGGAGAGGUUCUGUUCCGUCUCAGGCAUCCCUUUAUCAGAGUUUGUAAAAAAGGGCCUCAUAUCGAAUGAGGAAAUUAAUCACAUUAUUAAAAAGACCAGAGAUAUGGGUGCAGAAAUUAUUAAGCUGUCUAAAUCGUCUGCCGUUUUCUCUCCAGCUGCUGCCAUCGUGAAGAUGAUUAAAUCGUAUCUCUACAAUGAGAGUCAGUUGUACACUUGUGCCGUUUACCUGAAUGGUCUUUACAACUGCUCCGAUCUGUAUGUUGGCUCCACGGCCAUAAUCAAUAGCAGAGGUGCCAGGCCACUGGAAUUCUCGCUCACUCAGGAGGAGAAGGAGCUCUACGACAAGUCCAUUGCCUUCGUCCGCGAGCACACGCAGAAGGCCUUCGCGCUCAUCAACUGA